GCCCCCCACCCGAGCUUCCCUUCGCUCUCCGAGGGGACCUGUGAAUAGCCCCUACCCCCAGACUAACUUUGUGCAGAAUGUCAUCAGAUGAGGAGAAAAGUACAAGCCCAUUUUUACCCAAAGACUCUGUUCGGGGCAGUUCUGUUUCUUCAGAUCUUCAGGAGGAAUAUGAAGAGCUGCUUCGUUAUGCAAUAGUGACUCCGAAGAUUGAACAGUGUGUCCCAAAUUUUUCAGGACCUGUUACAGAACGCAGAGAAGGUGACAGAUUCUCAAGUGUAAUAGAUGAUGCCAUUCGCCAUAAGAUUCCAGUCUUAAUAUCAGUGAAGGAGCCUUCCAAAGCCAAUAUGGAAGGACUUCACCCUGUUCUUUCAGAGGAGACUUCUUCACCAGGAUCCACACAUGGUCCAAGAGAAAUUGGUGGAACCAUAGCAACUGAGUUAACUUUACCAGAUGAAAAAGUAACUCAAAUAGAAAAGAUACUUGAUCUCUGGAGUGGAACUCUUAAGACAAACAUUCUGACUGAAUUGAGAAAAUGGAGGCUUAGUUUAAUUGAACAACAUAAACUUCAGAUGCAAGAAGAAAAAGAGAAACAUGCUGCAUAUGUGAGACAAUUGAGCAAUGAGAUAGAAAACCUGAAGGAGUUGCUACAUACUUAUGAAGUCUCUAUUGGCAGAAAAGAUGAGGUGAUUACAAACUUAACCCAAGCAUUGGAGAGGCAAAAGGAGAGAAUAGAGGUGAUGAGAAAGUUUACACUCUGGAGGAUCCAGCAUGUUAAUGCCAAACAAGAGGAGUAUGAAAAUAGAAUAGCAGACAGACAAUUCCGGACAACUUUGAUGAAGAAAGUAUGGGCAGCAUGGCGCUCUGUCAGUGAAGAAAAAUGGAAAGACAAAGUAGCAAAAGCUUGUCGGUUAAGGGCAGAAGAUGUCUGUGUUCAACUUACCAAUGAUUAUGAAGCCAAAAUUGCAGAGCUAACUGAUGCUUUGGAACAGACAAAAGCUGAGAUUCUGCGACUGCACAGUGAAAGGGAGCAGUAUGAAGACACUAUGAAGAAAGCCUUUAUGCGUGGUGUAUGUGCUUUGAAUCUGGAAGCAAUGACCAUGUUUCAGGGCAAGGACAGUAGGACAGAUACUGAUGUAGGAAGUAGAAGAAAUGAUAAUGGUGCAGUUUCUGGAGGGAGGUUACCUGCUUCACAAUAUAAUCCCCCCUCACCACCACCAGCAACUGCUCUUCAUCUAGAAGACAUGUUUUCUACCCACCUGGGUCAUGCAAGCACUUCUCAGACCAGGUUAGAUUGUGAUUCUUCAGUAAUUGGUGCUAGUACAGCUGCAGGAUCUGGUGUGGCAUCCAUUCAAAAACUGCCCGUGGCAAAAGUAAUAACAUCUGCUCAACAGAAAGCAGGAAGAACGAUCACUGCUCGAAUCACAGGCCGAGCUGAUACAGGACAAAAAGCCAGAAUUUGUAGUAGUUUAGCAGUGAUGGGAGUUGUUCCACCCAUGAGUUCAGUCAUUGUUGAAAAACAUCAUCCAGUCACUCAGCAAACUAUAUCUCAAGCCACCGCUGCUAAGUAUCCUCGAACUGUGCUCCAUUCUUCUGGCUCUACCAGUGUGAGAUCCUCUGGACAAGCUGGGAGAAUGCUUCAGGGCCAGACUCACACCAGUGUGCAGUCAAUAAAAGUUGUUGACUGAGUGAAUGUCCUUCUCACCAGUGGGGGUUUUUAUCAAGGUACAAUUCAACCUUCUCCCAGUCUUUUUGGAUUUGAUGUAGCAAGGCCUAAAGUGUAUGUAUCAUGUUUUUACCCUUUUCUAAAAAAAUUUUUUUAAGUAAAAAAGUAGACAUCUGGAGAGGAAAAAAAAAGAACUUGAA